UUCGUCACACAUGCACCUGUGGAUCAGGAGGAGGAGGGAGGGAGGAGUCUAGAAAGGUGUGUAUAAAACCAAAAGCGUAAGCAAUUGUGAGAUUGCAGGGAGGCCGCGGCACAAAGUGUUCAUUAUGGGGAACUGGAUAGUCAACAAUGGAUUUACAGCUGUCAUGCUGGUGGUCUGGAUGGGUAUCAACAUUUUUCUUUUUGUCUGGUUUUACCUCUUCUACGACCAUGGACCUCAGUUUUUCUACACACGUCAUCUGUUAGGGUCGGCCUUGGCCUGGGCCAGAGCUCCUGCAGCCGUCCUGAACUUUAACUGCCUGCUGAUCCUCCUCCCGGUAUGCAGGAACCUGCUGUCUCUGAUUCGAGGCUCCUUUGUGUGUUGCAGCAGAACAAUGAGGAAACAGCUGGACAAAAAUCUGAGUUUCCAUAAGCUGGUGGCAUACAUGAUCGCUCUGAUGACAGCUGUUCACACGAUUGCCCAUUUGCUGAACGUGGAGUGGUUCAACAACAGCAGACAAGGUGUUUACGAUGAACUCAGCACAGCUCUAUCCAACCUGGGUGACACGGGGGACACCACCUACUUGAAUCCCGUCCGUAAGAAAGAUAUUGAUCCCCAGCAGAUUCCCAUCUACUUUGUCUUCACCACCAUUGCUGGCCUCACAGGUGUUGUCAUCACUCUGGCUCUCAUCCUCAUCAUCACCUCCUCCAUGGAGGUCAUCAGACGCAACAACUUUGAAGUGUUCUGGUACACACAUCACCUCUUCAUCAUCUUCUUUGCCGGCCUUGUCUUCCACGGAGCUGGGCGCAUUGUGAGGAGUCAAAAGACAACAGAUCCCCCACACAACACCACCUUUUGUAAAGAUGACGUGGACGACUGGGGAGAGAUUCCUGAAUGUCCCAUCCCCAAAUUUGCUGGAGGAUUCCCAGCGACCUGGUAUUGGGUCCUCGGCCCAAUGAUUAUUUACCUCUGUGAGCGUCUGCUACGUUUCAUUCGAUACAUGCAGCGAGUCCAGUACAGGAAGAUUGUGAUGCGACCAUCCAAAGUGCUUGAGCUGCAACUGGUGAAGAAGGGCUUCAAAAUGGAAGUGGGUCAGUAUGUUUUCCUCAACUGCCCGACCAUCUCACAGCUGGAAUGGCAUCCGUUCACCAUGACCUCUGCCCCCGAAGAGGACUUCUUCAGCGUCCACAUCCGCUCCGCAGGGGAUUGGACAGACAAACUCAUUGAUAUCAUGCAGAAGCUACCAGAGGGAGCACAAGGACCCAAAAUGGGUGUUGAUGGACCUUUUGGCACAGCCAGCGAGGACGUGUUUGACUACGAGAUCAGCAUGCUGGUUGGUGCUGGCAUUGGUGUCACUCCCUUCGCCUCCAUCCUCAAGUCCAUCUGGUAUAAGUUCAAAGACUCAAACCCCAAACUGCGCACCAGAAAGAUCUAUUUUUAUUGGCUCUGCCGAGAAACGCAUGCCUUUGAGUGGUUUGCUGACCUCCUACAAGUGCUAGAGAAAGAGAUGGAGGAGAGAGGGAUAGGGGAUUUCCUCACCUACAAACUCUUUCUGACCGGAUGGGAUCAAAGCCAUGUUGAUCACGUGAUGGUUCGCUUUGAUGAAGACACAGAUGUGGUCACAGGACUCAAACAGAAAACUCAGUAUGGCCGACCCAACUGGGACAAGGAGUUUGAGCAAGUCCGCAGAGAGAACCCCACGUCUGUGGUGGGAACUUUCUUAUGCGGCCCAGCAGCUCUGGCAAAAGUUUUGGAGAAGAAGUGUGCAAAGUUUUCAGAUGUGGAUCCUCGUAAGACCAGAUUCUACUUCAACAAGGAAAAUUUCUGAGCUAAAAACAACA